AUGGCUAACUCAAUGUACAGAAAGCCGCCCGAUCUGCCUCUUUCGGUACGGCCCCCUUCUUACACGGCAGAAAUUCCUGUCAUCAGGACUUCCAGAUCGGAUAUGUUCAGGAAUGCGGGCCAGCGUGGUGGUUCAGCCUCUGCCAGCAUAUCUAGAGAUACAUCAACAAAGGUUCAUUCCAAAACCACGCUCCCUAGCCCGCGCGACCAUCAAGAAACGAACUUCGAGGACACGCAACUGCAAGUUUGCGACGACUGCAAACUCGAAAAGUCGCCGAUAUGGGAUUGCUCAUAUUGCGGCAUGAGUUUCUGCGACCAGUGUUGGGACGAGCAGGGUCCACACCAGUCAGGUCGGACCGGCCCUGAUGGGUUACCACACGAGAAAGCAAACCCGACAAUCGUGAAGAGAUUGAAGAAUAUCUUGACACCACCUCAGGCUCACGGCGAACAGCAGACACUUCAUGUAGAAGACGAAGAUACGACGUGGUUUGGAUUAGCCCGGGACAACCAAAAUCGCCCCAUCUUCCAAGACUAUGGUCGUUAUUCUGCCAUCAUGGCAGAUAGCAAUUCUGGCGAGUAUAAGCUUCGGUACCCUCAGCUGGUGUCUUUUAUUGGCCAAACUGGUGCGGGGAAAAGUACACUUAUCAAGAUGCUCAUUGAUCAACAAGAGAGAAAACACCGCCCUAGCGAUUGGAAUUUCCCCUCGCCAGUUGCAGGGUCGUUAUCCAACGGUAGUGUACCAACAUCCGGUGACGUUCACCUGUACAGCGAUCCCAGUACAUAUGCUGCGGAGUAUCCCAUGCUCUAUGCCGACUGUGAGGGUUUGGAGGGCGGCGAAAGUAUUCCGAUGGCGAUGCAGUAUCGCAAUAGUGCAUCGACUCCAUCAAAAGAGAAAGGGAAAGACAAUCACCCAGUCAGGGAGCAUCGCAAACGUCGGAGGGUGACCAAAAGUCUUCAUUCCAGACAAAUAGACAUCAAGUGGGCAAACUCUCCGGACAAACUGAAACGGCAGUAUGCCGUUACCGAACUCUACCCCCGUCUACUAUACACGUUCUCCGACGUAAUCGUGUUUGUCCUGCGCAACCCAAAAACGUUUGAGUCCACAGUCCUAUCGUUACUGAUUACUUGGGCAUCGUCUUCGAUUGAGAAGUCGCUCAAUCAACCCACACUUCCACAUGCUGUGAUAGCACUCAACGCAACAGACACAAAGGUAGAUCAACAGGAGUGGGAUCCUGAACACGCGACGAAACUGCUUAUGUCUAAUGUUUCAGACGCUGUCAACCGAAAUCCGACCUAUUGCGAGCUAAGAGAGUACUGGACUAACCAAGGCAAACCCAUUCGGACAAUGGAAGACCUUUUGAAGUGUUACUAUUCCUCCGUUACGGUAGUAAGAAUUCCUGGAGAAGGCCGUUAUAUGAUGAUCGACGAACAAGUCAAGAAACUCCACGACGUAGUCAGCAAACGGUGCACCGAAUCCUUCAAUGCUAAACGCAAGUCCCGGAUGCUUUCCAACUCAGAUGCCCUCAACGUCUAUCUGCAAUGUGCAUUUGACCACUUUGCCCAGGAUCUUCAUACUCCUUUCAACUUCAUGGACAUCUCAUUCAAGAUUAACCCUAUACCUCUGGAUUUUGGUGGUAAUAUCCUCAAACUAGCCGUUGCUAUGAAGAGUCAAUACAACGAUCCCACGAGAAUCUUCCAGGAACUGAGCUUUAUGGUUUCUUCUUGUAUACUGCUCGACAUUGCCCGUCAGAGCUUAAAAGGACCUACGGAACAGCUUCUGAAAAAGCAAUACCUGUACCAUUGCGAUAGCGCACUCGAUGACUUUUGUGCGAUCUUUUGGCCAUGCACGUUCCGAAACAAACGUGAUGAUAGAUGUGUCAACUUCAAGGAACGUCACACGAAAGGACAUCAAAACCAACGCGGAAACAUCAUUGGUACCGGUCCUUAUGAAUCAGGAUUCACGUUUAACAACUUCGCAGACAGCUGGCUUCGUUAUCUCCUCGACUCCCUAUCUGGUUUUCAGAAAGAUCUUAGUUCCAAGUUGAUAACGUCUAAGUCAGCUGAUGAAAUAGUUAUCACCACUAAGCUCCACCAUGCCAACGUAAACAACUUCUAUCACCACGUAGGUGGUGCUCAAAAGUUUGUUAGCCAUACAACCUGCUUUUGCUGUUUGAGAGAGUUGGCUGAACACCCACUCCCUUGCGGGCAUGUGCUCUGCGCACCCUGUAUCAAGGGUUAUGGCAAACCCCAUAGUGAGCUUUCGGGCUCAUACACAAUUGCUUUCUGUCCUCUUCAUGAGUACGACACUGUUUUCCCCGCCCCUUGGGAGAUCUACUUUAAGCCGCCGCUUGCAGGUGUGCGUGUCUUGUCUCUGGAUGGGGGCGGCAUGAGAGGCAUCGUCAUUCUUGAAGUGCUUCGGCAAGUUCAGGAGGAACUCGGUGGUCGUAUUCCAAUCCAAGACUUCUUUGAUCUUGUUGUGGGCACCAGUACUGGAGGUAUCCUAGCACUUGGCCUUGGGAUCAAGAACUGGUCAGUGAACCACUGCAUAAGCCUUUUUCUAAGGCUAGUAGAGAAGGCAUUCACUCCCAAAUUCCUUGGUGGUGUGAGUUUCGGUACUACAAAGUUCCGUACUCAGCCUCUCGAGGAAGCGUUGAGUGAGUGUUUCGGUGACGAAGCCAUUUUUGGCGGUGUACCCGAGGCAUCUGUUGGCUGCGCACGUAAAGUUGCUGUGACCGCCGCUACCGACACUGGUGAGCAGGCUGUGAUUUUCACGAAUUACAACCGAGUGGAUGAUGAACAAAUUGGCUAUCAGUUGGUUCGACCUGAUGAUCCAAAAAACGACCUCAUGAUACGAGAAGCUGCUCGGGCAACCUCAGCUGCACCGACGUUUUUCAAACCCUUUAGAAAUACACGUACCAUGGAGGGCUUCUUGGAUGGGGCGGUAUUUCACAAUAACCCAGUAAGGAUAGCCAACUAUGAGAGCAAGCUUCUUUGGCCUGAAGCCGAAGAACGUCAUCCCGACAUUCUGCUCUCGAUAGGUACCGGCCGACAUGAAGACGAUACCGAUGGCUUCCUCCAUGGUACAAGAUCCGAUCGUAGACGCUUGCAAGUUCGCGAUCAGACCAAGCCCACUACGCAGGAUAGGCGCUUCAUACCUGGGCUAAGAGCUUUCAAUGAGGUUGAGGGCUGGCUCAAUAUCUUCAAGAAGCGCGUUGAGAGUGUUCUGGACGCUGAGCUGACAUGGAAGGAGUUCCGUAAAGAUGUUGUUGGAACGUCCUCCCCUGUCGCAGCUGAAAGAUACAUACGCAUCAACCCGACGACGAAGUCUCGCACUCCUAAGAUGGAUGACAAGACGCAGAUUCACAUCUUACGAAAUGAGAUCAAGUCUGAUCUACGCACACGUGGCAUGCAGAUGAAUAUUGAGAAGAUUGCGCAUAGGCUUGUUGCCAGUUCAUUCUAUUUCGAGAAGUCUGGUCCAUCGAGAGACGCUGGAGAUCACAUCAUCAUACAAGGCACUCUCCAAUGCAGAUUCGCCGCUGGUUCUGACAAUCUACGCAACUUGGGUGACUACAUACGCAAACACCAGCGGCCACACUUCCAGCCCUUCUUCCAGGUACAAGAAGUCAAGCACAACCAAAGUGCUCAAAAGAUCUACAUCACAGCUCAUAUCGUUCAUGAGAUGAUCGACAGGGGGCUUUUCCACCUGGAUUCCAUUGUCAUGCCCGUGACUUCAGAGGCGUCGUUGUUAUCAAUAGACUUACACCUGACCGACGAUCGAAGAAAGCGACACGUGUGUUAUGGGUUUCCUAUCAGUGGCUUUCCACGAAGUCUGGCUGACGGCGAGCCCCUGAAGAGAACCGCCUCAAUCACUUCACCGAAUCCUGAGCGUCCAAAGAUAGCUAACAAAAGGCACUCCCUCCGUGAGAAACUCAACGCAAAGAGUCGUAUCUCGUUAGAUCGCCCAGUUAGUGACAGCAACAUCACCUACGCGCUACACAACGAGGCUACCACCGCACAGAACAAUAGUCUUGGUGUUGUCUUACCUGAGACGCCCGAAGAUAUAACAGACUGGGCCCGACGCCGUAUCGAGACAAGUCGUUGCCCUCCUAAGCCAGUGCAGGUAUCAGUAGAUUAUGAGGUGCGCCGCAUUCCGCAGCCGUUUCCGGAUGAGCAGCUGCACGAAGUCGAUGCUGGACCUGCAUUGCCGCUUGAUGAGGAUGAUGAGGCACUUGUGUACGCCUUUACGCUAAGUCAGAAAGACGAUAUCCUUCCAGUACCGAGAACUAUGAGUGAGACCGACGCGGAUUUGGCGCGGGCCUUGGAGCGCAGUCAACAUGACAUGCGUCCGUCGCCAAGAAGGACGACCACAGGAACUGAUGAGGAUGAGUUGGCCAAGGUGUUGUCGUUGUCUUUGCAUGUUCGCUGA